GGAAGAACUGAGCACUCUGAAUACAAUGGAAUUCAUUUUGAGUCAUUUAUUUGCUGCACCACUGAUUCUUAAAUUGGAACUUAGUGUCAUUAUUUUUUCUGUAUUAUAAUUUCAUCAUCAUUAGGGGCCUCUCUGGGCCCCCCUCCAUCAUGGGCCCCUAGAAUCCGUCUCCUUUACCCCCCCUUUUCGGCGCCCCUGGUUGUCAGGCUCCACACUUACAUUUACAUUCCUUGACAUAAUCUUUGCACUAAAUUCCAUCACAGCCCCUUUAUAUGUGCGCUAUUUAGCUCAAAGUACUGCACCCAUGCCUCCGGUGGUGUCAGAGAGGGGCGGGGAGCAGGGAUCACCGCGGAGCUCCUCCUCCCUCCUCCAGGCUGCCGUCACCGGGGCUGCUGGACCGGAGUGUCGGUGCAGCCAGGAGACUCCCAGCCCGACAAGUCUCACGGUCCACGGUCGACGACAUGGCCUCCGACGGCAUGGACGAGCGAUCUCCGCUGCUGUCCGGUCCCAACUCGGAGAACGAGACCCCCACUGCUCCUCCGUACCUGCAGGAUUCAAGUCCCCGAGCCGAACUACCUCCUCCCUACACAGCCAUCGCAAGCCCCGACGCCGGCGGUGUGCCUGUCAUCAACUGCCGCGUAUGUCAGUCGCUCAUAAACCUGGAUGGAAAGCUGCAUCAGCACGUGGUCAAGUGCACAGUCUGCAAUGAAGCUACACCCAUCAAGAACCCUCCAACAGGGAAGAAAUAUGUGAGGUGUCCCUGUAACUGCCUGCUCAUCUGUAAAGACACGUCCAGGAGGAUAGGAUGUCCUCGACCAAACUGCAGACGGAUAAUCAACCUGAGCCCAGUGAUGGUUAUCCCAGAGGAGCAGCCCGCCCAGCCGGCACUUCCCAUCCAACCUGAGGGGAUGAGGGUGGUCUGCGGUCACUGUGGCAACACCUUUCUUUGGAUGGAGCUUCGGUUUAACACGCUAGCCAAGUGUCCCCACUGCAAAAAAAUAUCCUCUGUUGGCAGUGCGCUCCCUAGGAGGCGCUGUUGUGCUUAUAUAACUAUAGGAAUGAUCUGCAUUUUCAUUGGAGUGGGUUUAACGGUUGGGACUCGGGCUUUUGCCAAUCGUUACAACGCCACCUACGUGUCCUGGGCGUUGGCCUACCUGCUGGGUCUCAUCUGUCUGAUACGAGCCUGCUACUGGGGUGCUAUCAAAGUCAGCUACCCGGAGAACAGCUUCGCCUAGAGCAGAUUUGGCAUGGCUGGAAGAACAAACCACACUUUUUUUUUUUUUUUUCCUCCAUCCAGAUUUCAAACUGGUCAUGUUCAGCAGAGGGGAAUGCCUGCAGAGCGUCUGGACGGGAGUGUGUUGAAGAUGUGUAUGUUGGAGAUGUAUCUUGAGUGUUGUUGGUUGUGUCUGGAAUGUUUUAGAGAGUUUAGACUCGCUGAAGAAACCUAAUGUAUGAAAAUCAGUCCACCUACUAGUCCACAAGGACUCAAAUCCUGCCCAGGUUUUGCCCAAAUCCUCCAAAAUACAGAAUCAACUUAAAAAAAUGUGAUUUUCCUUGAAGGAUGACAACAUUUUGAAUAAUAAUAAUAAUAAUAAUAAAAAAAAGAGCUAGCAAACUGGUUGGAUUUGGUCUUUCUGGACCUUUUUUGUUGUUUUUGUUAAGCACUUGAUUUAUUUUGUUACUGACCAGACCAAAAUGAGACAACCUCCUAAAAACAGUUUACCCAUUGCACUACGAUUAUAUGCAAUUGUAUGUGUUGUUUUGCUGCUAGAUAAACUCCAGCUACAGAAAGCUGCAUACCCAUACUGUAUCGUAACCAUUUACCUUGUGUGUGUACACUGACAUAGUAUUGCAAUAUGAUUUUAACUCUCUAAAUGAUCAAUUUUUAAAAGAAAUCCUUAAAUACCCAUUUGUGCCAACUUUGCUGCCCAGUAUUAGUCAAGAAGAGCAAAAGAUCAACAGGAGCUUCUUUUUUUUAUAUCAAAGUGUUAAUUUUUGGUGCCAUGCAGCUUUUAACUCAGUACAGCAAUAACUCUUUUAUUUGAGUUAUUUUGAACCGUACUUCCCUGUGUUUGUUUUUCACUACGCUUCCGUUGCCUUUUCAAUGUUGGAAAAUGACCCCAGAACAUGGUGACUCAUGUUUGCAUGUUAAAUUGUUUAUACUCUGUCACUGAGGUGGUGUUUUUGUCAGUUUUCAGAGAGGUAACUGAAGCUUAUGAUGCUCUUGUCUUUGCUCCUUCUGCCUGUGAGUUAGAAUGUAAACCCUCCUCUUCCUUCCUCUGCUUAUAGUCACUGCUCUCUGACCUCCGGUGAACUCUGUGCUAGCUAGCAUCGCUAUAGGCUAACUCAGCUUCCUGUCUCUUCACUUUGACCAGUGGGCACAGCUCAAACUUCUAACCUUGUUUUGAAUGUGAUGAUGAUGAUGAUGAUGAUGAAGCAGAACAUAAUGUUAAAAACAAACUCUUUGUAUAUAGUUCAAAUUCAGUACUUGGAAACCUGUAGUGAGAGGUGAAAGCAGAAGAUGGCUCGUGGGUCUUUUUAAAA